CGAGACUUUGCUGGCUCCGCCCCUUCCGGUAAUGGCCGCGCGGCCGCGGAGCCGGCAGCAUGCACUCGGACGAUGUUGUCUGGGACACGCUGGGGAACAAGCAGUUCUGCUCCUACAAGAUCAGGACGAAGACGCAGGGCUUCUGCCGCAAUGAGUACAACCUGACCGGGCUCUGCAACCGCUCCUCCUGCCCGCUGGCCAACAGCCAGUACGCCACAGUCAGGGAGGAGAAAGGCCGCUGUUACCUCUACAUGAAGACAAUCGAGCGGGCGCCUUUUCCCAGCCGACUGUGGGAGCGGGUCCUGCUGAGCAAGAACUAUGAGAAAGCCCUGGAGGAGAUAGACGAGAAUCUCAUCUACUGGCCCCGCUUCAUCCGGCACAAAUGCAAGCAGCGCUUCACCAAGAUAACGCAGUACCUCAUCCGCAUCCGCAAGCUGACGCUGAAGCGACAGAGGAAAAUCGUUCCCUUAAGCAGGAAGAUUGAAAGGCGAGAGAAAAGAAGAGAGGAGAAAGCCCUGAUCGCCGCUCAGCUGGACAAUGCCAUUGAGAAGGAAUUGCUGGAGAGGCUGAAGCAGGACACGUACGGGGACAUUUACAACUUCCCCAUCCACGCCUUCGACAAAGCUCUGCAGCAGCAAGACGAAGGAAGUGAGAGCGAGUCCGAUGUGGAAAAGGAAGAGGAAGAAGACGAAGACAAGGAGGAAACAGAUGAAAGAGAGUUCGUGGAAGCAGAUGACAGCGACAUCAGUGACUUUGAGGACAUGGAUAAGUUGGAGACGAGUAGCGAAGAGGAGCAGGAAGAAGAGGAAGAAACAGAGAAGAAAGUGCACUCCAAAUCCAAAGGGAAAACUCCCCUGAAAGGGCCAACUAGAAGAAAACGUCCCCACCUGGAAAUCGAGUAUGAAAAGGAAACAGAGCCAGCCGCCAAGAGUAAAGCCUCCUGACUGCCUCCCGGACUGGUAUUUUUUUACUGAACAGCAGCACACCCCACAUCUGUCCUCUGGAUCUGCUCCAGCUUCACCCCUCUGAGCACCAUCAGAAGUUACUUCUCCAAUUUUCUAGAGUAAAAACUUUCUUUUUUUUAAAGGAAAGGAGGGUUUCAGGAUGUCCGGGUUUCUGUCCUGACCCCAGGCAGUUGCAAUAACUUUGGACAGCUCUGCACAAAGUGCAAUUUUUAGGAAGAAGGCUCCCCAAAACCACAGGAGGCUCAGCUCAGGGUGCUCCAGGAAAGAACCUGGCCUCAGAACACCGCUGCUGCGACCCACAGGCAGCUCGGAGAGACACAACCCAACCUCAUUCAGGGCAGGUAUGAGGCUAACGGGGCAGAGAUGUGAAAGGCAACUUAAAAAUAAAUAUUUUACUGUA